UAUGGAGACGGUUCGUGAGAAAAAAACGAGCAGGAAACGAAAACGGUUCUGGGUCACCACGACCAUGGCGGAAGGUAGGGAGGAGCUGCUGACGUCGACCUUCCGCGAGUUCCUCCUCUACUUGGUGUGUCUCGUUUUGAUAAGCGUUUACUUGUUCGGACAAGCGAGCGACGCAAAGUACUACUUGACAAGCGCGAUGAGGGGGCAGUUUGCUGACGAAGCAGUGUUCGGGGAUAUCAAGUCGGCGCAGGAUGUCUGGACGUAUCUCGAAGACACCCUGAUGAACGGGUUGUUUGGGACUAACGGUAGCGCCCAUGGAAUAGUAGUACUCGAAGAGAACAAAGUACUCGGCUUGCCGAGAAUCAGGCAAGUGAAGGUGAAAAACGAUUCCUGCGAGAUCCACGGAUUCUUCCGCCGCCAUUUUCUGUCCUGCUACAAUAGAUUCGACGCGGUCUACGAGGACACCGAGAGUUUCGGCCCCGCCCCCCUCACGCCGGGAUUCACGCACAGCGACGCCGUAGAAACGGGAAGCCUGAGGGGGCGGGGCGUCGGAGGCUCCAUAUACUCCGGGGGCGGGUUCUACGUCGACCUGCCGGCCGAAGAGGUCCUCGCCCGCACCGUAAUCGCCGAUCUGAAGGGCAAUUUGUGGAUCACCCGCGGCACCAGAGCGGUUUUCGUCGAUUUUGCGGUUUACAACGGGAACCUGAACUUGUUCUGCGUGUGCAAGUUGUCGUUCGAGUUUCCGCCGAGUGGGGGCGUCGUCGCCGGCGCGUCGUUCAACGCCGCUAGGCUGACGUCGCUGGACGGGCGUCGGGAAUGGGCGCUACGCGUCGUCCUCUACGCGUUCGCCGCUUGUAUGCUAUACUACACGCUCGAAGAAGUCAGGGAAAUCAUCUACUUCGGCACCGAGUACCUCGCACAGUUUUGGAACUACGUCGAUCUCUUCAUCAUCCUACUUACGUAUUUUUACGUGGCGGCGACGGAGUACCUACGCGUCGCGGCGCCCGCGCGAGUGAGACAGAUAAUUGCGAACCCCCACGUCUACGGCAACUUAGAACACGCGGGUUACGUUGACGGAAUGGUCGAAACGUCGGGCGCGGUCCUCGCCUUCCUCGUUUACAUGAAGGUGUUCAAGUUUUUGAACUUCAACAGGCGCAUGGCCCAGCUCAACAACACCCUCAGCCAGUGCGCGAAAGAUGUGGCCGGAUUUUCGGUGAUGUUUUUCAUCGCUUUCCUUGCAUACGCCGAGCUAGGCUAUUUGGUGUUCGGCAGUCAGGUCAGAGACUUUAGUACGUUCGGAGACGCCAUGUUCACGCUGCUGCGUACCGUUCUCGGCGAUUUCAACUACAUGGACAUCCACGAGGCGAACUGGGUCGUCGCCCCCGUAUACUUUCUCACUUACAUGGUCCUCGUUUUCUUCGUUUUGCUGAACAUGUUUUUGGCGAUCAUAAACGACACGUACGGGGACGUGAAGACCGACAUAGCGAUCGCGCCGAAGGAGAUCCAAAUGACCGAGUUCCUCAAACGGAAGCUGUUCCGAUUGCUCUCGCGUUUCGGUUUCCGCAAGGGGACCGAUGACGUCAGAGAUCGGGAAUUCGACGCGACCAUCGACGAUAUCAGGAACGCCUUGAGGAGGUGCGGCUUCACCGACAGGGAAAUCGAAAUGUACUUCGCGCGGUAUCGCAUCGAAAGCGUGGGCGACGUCGCCGAGGAGGUCAUCGACAAGUUCUUCGAGGAGUUCGCCAGGGAGGAGGAGGAGUCUAAGAAGGCGACCGCGGCGGAUUACGUGCGCGCCAAAGACUUCCUCGGGCAAACCGAGCAGCUCGAGCGUUUGGAAAGGGGCGUGGUCGAGCUCGCGCGGCGGGUGCGCGACCUCUUGACGGCCGUCGAGGGAGUCCAGAAAUAAAACGACACCUCUAAUAUA